AUGCUGCGGAAACACGCAGUCUCGCUGGCCCUGCUGCUGCCCGCGAGAGAGGCGGCUGCCGCCCGGCUCGACGGCCAGACCAUCUGCGACUACUACGCGGCGGAGCGGUUCGGGGCGAGCAACGCGACGACGCAGCUGCGCCUGAUGCAGAGCAUCGUCUCGCUCGCGUACGCCGGCGUCGACUCGCAAAACACGGGCAUCUUCAACUGGGGCACGUAUGCAGGCCGCGACGUCUAUCUCCGGCCGUGGUUUGACGGGUCAAAUGCGACGACGAACGCGAACGGCGCCGCCGUGCGCACCGACUGGCUGGACGGGGGCGGCCUCGAUCCCCUGCUCGCCUUCUUGAACGGCUCCACGUCUGCCCCGGACAUCAAGCCCGGGUCGAAUCAGUACACCCUCUUCAGCCACUGGUACUUUGCCUUUGGCAAGAUCUACUCGUGCUCCGAGUACAAGAGCUUCGCCGAGGCCUUCGACCCGUUGAACCCGGCCUACGUCCACAAGUACAUGGACCUGAACCAGACGCACAUUGGGUAUUUCAUCGAGCAGCUCAUCAGCGCCAGCCAGUCCUUUGGCUUCUCCGACACCGACGCCACCACCCUCAGCAACUACAUGAACUCCAAGUACAACCUGCGGUGCAUCCCGCCGGACCACGACCAGCUCACCUCCAUCUGCUUGGCGAGGGACUGUCCGCUGGCAGCUCCGGCCCCCAAGUGCGACGCCUACAACGACAUUCCCAUCCGCGGCGUCGGCGUGGGCAGCAGCGGCGGCAGCAGCGGCGGCAGCAGCAACAACGGCAGCACCACCACCACCGCCGCCGCCGCCACGAGCAGCACCGGCAGCUCGGCACCAUCCCCUUCCAGCACCGCGGCUGCUGGCGGCGGCCAUUCCUCCUCGUCCUCGUCCUCGUCCUCCGGCCUCUCGGCUGGCGCCAUCGCAGGCAUCGCCAUUGGCGCCGCGGCCGUCGUCCUGCUCGCCCUCGCCCUGGGGUUGUUCUUCCGUCGCCAAACCAAGCCCCGAGCCGGCGUCGAUCCCGGCGGUGCCCAGACCGUCGGCGACUAUCCUGCCUCGCUGCCCCAGUCGCCGCCUCCUCACAGCAUAAACACCCUCAGCGGCUACUACGACCAGAGCGCCAACCACUCCUACGUCUCGCCUCGCCUGGGGAGUCCGCCGCCGCCGAAAUGGCCCGAGCACAGCAGUCCCGUGCAGGAGCUCGGGACCGUCGGCCACGAAACCGCAUCUGCCACGACGCCCGUCAUGACCAACGGCGGCUUCGGCUUCGCUUCUGCCGUGGCGACGUCUCCCGUGCAGCAGCACCCGCCUGCGCCUGCGCCUGCGCCUGACGUGCUCGUGGGCGGUAUAGCCGAGAUGGAGAGUCCAGAGCCGCCUUCCGGGUGGGACCAUUACGCCAACCGGGCCUGA